UACCGUGGCACCGCCACCGCCGCGCCGGCCCUGCCGUCACCACCGCGGCUGUAAAGGCCAAGGCCGCGGCCAAGCCCAGGGCAAGGGGGCCGGACUGCCUCUAACAUCUGUAUUACACCUGCGCCGCCCGAGGAGAGCUCCUGGAGGGACAGGAGAGUUAGCGCUGCGCCGCUGGGAGCGAUCUGACAUCUGACCAUGGCUAACAACUUAAGGAAUCUGGUGAACUCGGGGAGCGUCCGAGAGCUGCAGCAGAAGCUGGAGAACUGGCAGCAAGACUUCGAGAGGAAUUCCAGUGGUGAAAAUAUGAACCGAUGCUAUGAAAUACUGGAACUGAACAAUGAGAUUCAAAAGCGCCUCUACUCAAUUCUCAGUGAUACAUCUCGAGAAGAUGACUGUACAGAAACAAUAAGAAGGUGUCCCAUGUCAAGCAUAUGCUGUACUCCUUCAAGAUGUGACAACCUCAUUCAGGAUUCACCUGGGUGUGAGCUACGGCUGAAAGAUUUGACCUGCAAUCCGAAAUGUCGACUGCAAGCGCUGGAGGACAAACUAACUUCAACUCGGAUAGAGAUCAACCAGAUGGAACGAGAUCUUACCGCUUCCCGUCUUGGAGGGUGCAACUCGAAGAAGGUACCUCGCCACUGUGACUAUGACCAUCGGAUUCAACAAUUGCGGGAUGAGAUGUCUGCCCUGGAUGCUCAAAAAACUGUUCUCCAGCGCAGGCUUGGGCAGAACUGCUCUCCUUCCCCGUGCUGUGCAAGCAAGAGCUGCUCUCCUUCCCCGUGCUGUGCGAGCAAGAGCUGCUCUCCUUCCCCGUGCUGUGCGAGCAAGAACUGUUCUCCUUCCCCGUGCUGUGGGAGGAAGAGCUGCUCUCCUUCCCCAUGCUGUGGGAGCAAGAGCUGCUCUCCUUCCCCGUGCUGUGUGAGCAAGCCCUGCGUGAGCAAGCCCUGCGUUACCAUGAGGACCUGGUCACCUUGUGAGAUCAGGCGGUCAUGUGCUUCACGUCGAGCCUGCCUCAUAGCUCGCUUUAACUUCAUUUAUGCUAAAGAACGCUUGGAUGCAGAGUCAAUCUUGAGACCAUACGUCUGUAACACGGAGGUGGUGCAGAAGAUAAUAUACGUUGCAGCUGUGGAAUCUUUCCAUGCAGCAAAGCUGGCCUUCUGGAAGGUCAAAGUAAGUGUAAAAGAGACUUUGGCUCUGCAUCCCUGCGAUGGACUUGCGCCAGUUGAAGUUGCUACCCUGGAUUAUAUAGCUUGCCACAAGGAUCUGUUUGAUGUUUGUUCCAGCAUCCACGAAGUAAUUUGUGCCAUGAACAUACACCCAAAGCUUCCAUGUCCAGCAGAAGUUGAUUUCAUUGUGAUCAGCUCUUUGAUUCGAGAGAUAUGCUGUUUGGCUUUUGAAAUGCAGACACUCAUUCCUCCUCUUGAUAUUGCCGUUGGUGUUGAUGGAGAAAUGUUCAAUAAGAGCAUGUACUAUCGUAGUUUUGACUCAGAUUUCUCAGCCUCCUUUGUGGCCUAUCAUGUCUGGCCUGCUCUGUUGGAAAAUGAUGCUGUAAUUGUAAAGGGAGAGGUAGUCACAAAAAACAUGAUUCCGUGUCCUCGGAGAUGCAAAAUUAGAAGCAGAAGCUGCAGCUGUGGUCGUCGUCUCCUGCCUGGUCAAGCAAAUCGAAGCCGCAGUCUUUCAACAACAAGGGCCAGAAGGCGCUAACUGAACGUGUUCCUGUCUAUGCAGUCCCAUCUGGAUUCAACAACUUUGCUGGUGCCUUUUCUCUUCAGAAAUACAUCUGAUCUCUCAUAAUGCGAGUGGCAAUUGUCAUUUCAAAUGGAGUUUGUGUUCAGUGUGCUUUUUAGAAUUAUAGAAGGCUUAUUUGUAAUUUUAGAAACUAAACUCUCUUGAUUUAGAAAAAAGGUGCAUGCAGUGCAGGAACGUUUGGGAAAAAUUUACAAAGCUCUCAGGAACUCAUGAUGUAAUCUUGCAGGUGGAGAUAGAAUUAUUACAUCUAGGCUGUUUGUUUUCCACGGAUUCCAAAUGAUGCAGUUUAUCUUGAUGUUUAAUAUAACCUAAAUGGUGAAUGUUGCAGAAUGUUGAGGUUAGCUGUUACUUGGAAACAAUAUACAGUAAUUUCACGACCAUAAGGCGCAACAGACUAUAAGGUGCACCUCCGGGAGUC